AGGAGUGGCUCCGGCUAGUCCCGACGGCUGCGGAGGUGACUGAGGGGCCGGGGCGUAGGGCAGCGGUGGCGGCAGGCGGCAACCGAGCAACCAUGAGGUCCGGGCCCAGUCACCGACAGCUUGGGCCAGGAUCAAACCCACCAGCCCUGGAGCAUGUGGCUGGCGCUCUAACCACUGAACUACAGGCACCCAGCCCUGAGGUAUUCUUAAAUAUUCCUGGAAGUUGUAUAUUUCAGAUUUUAGUGUGAGCCCCAUGUUGUGUUGAUGCCAGUCUGCCAUGCUAGCCUGUCUACCAGGGCCAGGUGACCUGUCCUUUCAGCUUCUUUCUCACACGCAGAUGAACACUGGACUUCAGAAAUGGGACACUACACAGAAAAUGAGAACUGCUCACUAUCCUACCCCAGCCGAAUUGGACGCGUAUGCUAAGAAGGUCGCAAACAACCCACUGACUAUAAAAAUCUUCCCCAACAGUGUGAAGGUUCCCCAGCGGAAACACGUUCGUCGUACUGUGAACGGCCUCGACACAUCAGCCCAGCGCUACAGCCCCUACCCGUCGCAGGCUGCCACCAAGGCAGGCCUGCUUGCCAUUGUCAAAGUGCCAGCCAAAAGCAUACUCAAGGACUUUGACGGCACCCGAGCCCGGUUGCUCCCCGAGGCCAUCAUGAACCCCCCAGUGGCACCCUAUGCUACUGUGGCACCCAGCACUUUAGCCCACCCCCAGGCCCAGGCUCUGGCCCGCCAGCAGGCCCUGCAGCAUGCACAGACCCUGGCCCAUGCUCCUCCCCAGACGCUGCAGCACCCUCAGGGCAUCCCGCCACCCCAGGCACUGUCCCACCCUCAGAGCCUCCAGCAGCCUCAAGGCCUGGGCCACCCUCAGCCCAUGGGCCAAACCCAGGGCUUGAUCCACCCUCAGACCCUGGCUCACCAGGGUCUCCAGCACCCCACCAAUCCCUUGCUGCAUGGAGGCCGGAAGAUGCCAGACUCAGAUGCGCCCCCGAAUGUGACCGUGUCUACCUCAACUAUCCCCCUUUCAAUGGCGGCUACCCUACAGCACAGCCAGCCCCCGGACCUGAGCAGCAUCGUGCACCAGAUCAACCAGUUUUGCCAGACGAGGGCAGGCAUCAGCACUACCUCAGUGUGUGAGGGCCAGAUCGCCAACCCCAGCCCCAUUAGUCGCAGUCUGCUCAUCAAUGCAAGCACCCGGGUGUCGACCCACAGCGUCCCCACACCAAUGCCUUCAUGUGUGGUCAAUCCCAUGGAGCACACCCAUGCGGCCACAGCCGCAUUACCUGCUACAGGCUCUGUCAACCUGCCUACAGGCAUCUCUCGAGCCCCCACUGGCUACCCUAAUGACCUCAAGCCAGUUGCCUGGAACCAGCACCAGCUGGCCCACCUGCAACAGAUGUGCAGCGAGGCUGGUAGAACGCCAGCCCCUGGCCUGACAGGCAAGCAUGCGGCAGGACGCGAGUUGGCAGGGCCUGGCUUUGUGGGCAAGGCCCCUGCCUACCCGCAGGAACUCUGCCUGGCACAGUCCUUUCAUCUGAAGCCACCCCUGGAAAAGCCGACCCCAUCCCCACCAGUCAACGGCCUAGCAGCCCCACUGGCCUACCCCAAUGGUCACUAUUUUCAACCCCUGUGGAACAACAUUCUGCCCACUCCCAAUAGCGACAGCUCUGGGUCUCAGGACCUCACCAUGCCGUUCCACGGUGGGCAGCCCACAGGUGCACCCAUCGAAUGUGCGGCAGCUCCUGGGGCCCACUACCGAGCAGGGACCGGGGGUGGUCCAGUGGCAAGCCAGAACAGUUUGAUGCAAACAGUGGAUUACCUAAGUGGAGAUUUCCAACAGGCCUGCUUCCGGGAACAGAGCCUGGCCAUGCUGAGCAAGGCCCACCGAGCUCCUGGCAACCGAGCCCCUGAUCCCACAGAUAGUCGAAGUCUUCAUGUUCAGCACCCAGGGUAUAGAUAGGUAGCGCUGGUGCCCUCCACAUAUAAUACGUCAUACAUCACCCUCCUAGGUUUAGUCUUACUUUUAAGUAACUGGAUAGUUUCAGAGUUUCACUGCUCCAAUGUGACCAUUCUUAGAUGUCGAAGACAGGGAAUUUGGUGGGAUGUAAUUGGGGACAGAAGGGUUCCUCUCAUCUCCCCUCCUGCAGCUUUUGGUUUUAACCCCAAUGUAACGCCAGGACCAAGCUUUUCUCUCUGUCUGCCUCUCAGUCUUUCCACCUUGGUCAUUUCCAAAUAGCUUGAACCUCUGCCUUUUUCCCUUAGGACUGAGGUGUUAGACUGAAGUAAGGGCCCUAGUCAGGUUAGCUAUAGGUGCCCCAGCCCCUAAGCUACCCAGCCCCAACAAGCCAGACUUCCCAAGUGCUCUGGAAGCUAAUUCCUCUUUCACCCAAAGAUCUUGAAUUAAAGCUGACCCAGUCAUUUUCUCUUUUUAGUUCCUUUUCAUUCCUCAAGGCUUUAUUUUGUGUCUACAUUGAUCCUAGACCCAUUUAUUUUGUGUCUACAUUGAUCUAGACCCACUGCACUUGUCCUUGCCAUGCUAAACCUCAAAGGCAUCCUGCUGGUAACAGGCCAUAGCCUCAAGAUGUGGGGGGAAACUGUAUUGGCAUCUUGGUUCCUGACUCUCCCUUUUCUAGACCUAGAGAAACACAGUUAUCCAGCAUACCCACUAUCCCUUUCUCACUAUUGCCUGUGAUGACUCAACCUGCUGGCCUCAUCCCCUACCUUGUCCCCCUCAAAAAACACUAUCUUGGGGCGGCCCUGUGGCUCAAUAGAGUAGGGAGCCGGCCCCAUAUGCCAGAGGUGGCAGGUUCAUACCCAGCCCUGGCCAAGAACUGCAAAAAAACAAAAAAAAAACAAAAAAAACACUAUCUUGCUUAAGGAUUAGGUAAGUAAAGGAUGAUCACAUUGGAGUUUGAGAUUAAAAACACCAAAAUUUUAAAAAAUUUAAAAUGCAUUUGGUUCUCUACACUGGCUAAGAAUAUUGCUCUACACUGUAAGUUUUAAAUGUCUUGUUCCUGAACGAAUGUAGUGUGGGUUUGAGUAGCAUUGUGUACGAGUGGCCCCACAGGUGCAUUCCCCCUCUAGUAGUACAGCCCCUCAGUUUAAUGAAGAAAGAAAGGAAAAAAACACAAAGCCUUAAGCUCUUUGAAUACUUCCUUUACCAAAUGAGCAUGGUUCUAAAACUGCUGGAGAUGGGCCUACAUUGGAAACAGCCCCUCCUGCCCCUUACAUCCUUAGAGCAUACUCUCCUCCACUCCAUGCUCAGCAUUUCUCAUUCCCAAGUGACAGUUGGCAAGAAAUUCCACACUUUUCUGUAACUUUAGAUUGUGUUUUGUUGUAAAUUUUUGUACCCUUCUUUUGUUAAAGAUGCACAAUUGGGCUCUUUGGGUUUUUUUUUUGUUUUGUUCUUUUCAAUCAGGCCCUUAACCUUUUCUCUCAUCUCUGGGGAAUGUGAGCUGAUGUUCUUAUUUAAGAUUUUGGGUUUUGUUUACUAACUAUACUGUCCACUGUUCUUUAGCCAGAAAUUCUCUAGUGAUCUGAAGCAAUGUGACUGAAUACUAGUUUUUAAAUUAUGUGUUGGCAAGUUGCCUUAUAUUUAAAAAGACAAAAAACAAACAAAAAAAAAAAAAGGAAAAAAUGCCUGACUGUGUUAUGCCAAAUGAUAGCAACAUGAAGUCCUAAUUUAUUGUUCCUGAUUGUUUUCCUGCCAUCUGAACACUGGUACCUCCCAUCCUUGAGCCGUCAGGAGCAUCUGCAGCUUCUGGUGCAAUACCUUCCCCUAGGGUGUUGGCCACCAUCUCACCCAGAGCCCUCUUCCAAUCCUGCUUUUCUGGGUUAGAUUUAAAGAGCACCACUGUCUCCCCUUAUCUCUUGCUUGAUCUCCAAACCAGAUAUUCUUGCUAUAUCUUCCCCCCCACCCCCAAUGCCUCUCCCUGAAAGGUGAGCUGCCAUUUUAGGAAAUUGGACCAGGCACCAACUUGGGGGCUUUUAAGUCAAAGAACCUCAAACCCAUCUCUUCCUGUGUAGGGGUGUAAGUCUCUAAAGCUCUCACUCCCACUCCUAGUCUGCAUGGAAAAUGUACUGUGAUUCCCCCACCUGCUGACUACCCUCUCCUUUUGUGUGAGUCAACCUGAGUUCCUCUCCUGCCUCUGCCAGCCAAUCCCCAACCAGCAAUAAGGGUCCAAGCCAGGGCCUCCUGUCCACACUCCUGGCCUCCAUCCCACACUACCCAUAGGGAACACCUGGAUUCCCCACUCUACCCACAGACUGUAGCAGUCAUUUUCCAUCUCUCUCGCCUUCUCACCUGUGGUGGUUUAUGGGUGUGAUGGGGUUUUUAAGAUAAUUAUAAACCAGUAAAAGAAAAAACAACUC